AUGUUCUUCAACUGGAUCUGUGCUGUGGUGACCAGGUCUCUUUUUAUCCUCAUCUCUCUCAUUGGGGUGGUAAGGGUGGUGUGGGUGAAGGACAAUGGACUCUACUGGUUCCUUACCAUCCUCUACCUGCCUCUGGUGGCAGAGAUGAUCCUGACCCUGAGGAGAAGGAGUGGAAUUGAUUACAAAUGGUUUUCUCCAGCUAUCUUCCUCUUCCUCAUCAGCAUUGUACCAUCAUUAUGGAUUUUAGAGCUUCACCAUCAGGAGAACAAAGCCACUGACUCAAGGUGUGACAAACUGAACUCAUCUGCGUUCGAGAGUCUUUUCAGAAUCUGGAGCAAUGGCAGUGAGGAAUUCAAGCUCCCUCUGCCCUCACUGUGUGCCAACGAGUGGAUCCUGUUCUUACACCAGGCCCUGCUCAUCUUACUGAUCGUGGGGAAAUGGCUGCUGCCAGCGUCUGAAGAAGUGACCAGAGACCAGCUCUCCCAGUUACUGCUCGUCUUUGUGGGCACGGCGGCUGACAUACUGGAGUUCACCUCUGAAUCACUGUCUGACAUCAAGGACAGCCGUCCAGUCAUGGUCUACAUCAUUCUAGCUGUGUGGACGUGGAGCAUGCUGCAGUUUCCCCUGCAUCUCUCUGUCACGCCUGCCUCCUCAGAAGACCUCUCAGAACCUGCGUCCUCUCGGUUCUCCCAAAUGAGGACUGAGGUCUGGAGCAUGGCGGAAGCUUUGUUUAUCCAGGACGGGCCUUUCCUGGUGGUCCGCCUCAUUGCCAUGAUCCACUUCCAUGUGAUCCACCAGAUGCUGAUCUUCUUCGCCAUUAAAAACUUCCUGGUUGUCAUUCUGAACAUCUAUCGGCUUUCUGUCCUUUUCUGUGUCAAGAGCCCCUGA